GUGAGAAAUUGACAGCACGGAACGAACAGUAAAAACAAGAGCGCUAGAGAAGAGGAGGGAGCAAUGUACGAAAGCAACAACUUCUCUCCACCCACUAAAACACACAGUCCUCUCCUCCCCCAGCCUCAAAAGCCAAGAUAAAUACGGAGUAGAAAGGAGGUGACGCCAACCCUGACUCCUCAGCCUCAGGGAAGAAGAAGAUCCUAGCCGGGGGAGUAGGAAUGGGAAAUAUGAUAACAACAGUUGCUAUGGAGAGGCGUUGGGUUUAGGCUUUGGGGAGGAAGUAAAUAAAAAAGUGGGUUCCCAGAUACUAGUCGUAUUGAGUGCUCGCUAUUUUGGAGGGGGGAUUGGUAUAAAAAGUGAGGAAGAAGAUGAAGCUGUCAUCAGCAAAGCCCAUAUCAAGUCCGAGCAGGGCAGAUAAGUUUCCAACCCCAUUGAUGAUGAGGUUUCUGAGAAGCAAUGGUGGGAGCAGAAGCAGAGGGAGGUCACGUUCAAGUCCUAUGUUCAUCAUGCGACCCAAAAAGAAUGCUGCGGCGGCGAUUAAUGAUGCUCAACAAGAACCAUCUUCCCCCAAAGUCACUUGCAUAGGCCAAGUCCGAGCCAGAAGGUCCUCCAAGUCCAAAACUACCUCCCGACCUCGUAAACGACUUCCACCUUCCCCCUCCUCCUGCUGUUCUGGUCCUUGUUCCUCUCCCUGCCGCUGCUGCUGCUCUGGCUGUUGUCCUCCAACCGCUCUUCCUCCUUGUUGCCAUUUAAAAACUACAAGAUUCCGCAAGCCCAGAUCAUUUUGCAGACCUUUCCGCAAGUUGGUACUGUUUUUCAGGUUUGGAUAUUGCAAGAAAAUUGAUGUUAGGGAUGAUUGUUCUUCUUCAAGGGUUGUGGUGUCUACUACUCAAAGAGGUCAAAAUCAUGUCAAUUCUACCAACAGCAAUGGUGGUGCUGGUGACAUUGAAGAUAACGAGGCAAAUGGAGGAGAAACCAAGGAAGAUGUUCUUGAAUCUUCUACAACUUCUCCACCAAAGAAUGCAUUUUUGCUGACUAGGUGCAGAUCUGCUCCUUAUAGAUCUUCAUCACUGGCCAGUAGGUUUUGGGGCUCUCCUUUAGGGGCAUCCGAUAAUACAGAAACAGACAGGAGCCCCAAGAAUAAGCUUCCGCAAACGCCCAAUUCACCCAAUAACUAUGGAGAUGAGGCGGUGGAAUCAAGAAGCAGCAGCUGUCCCGGUGAAAGCGGGAGUGAGGAAUUGGGCAGUUCCAGCAACGGUGGGGGGAGUAAUGAAGCUACUACUAACACUCAAGAAACGAGAGGAUCAAUUCAUCCUGUACUACUAACCAGGUGCAAAUCUGAACCAGCAAGAACAGGGGAAAGGCUCGAUCCGGAGGUAAUAAAUUACUGGCAGCAAAGAAGGUCGUAUGCUACCGAGUCCCGUUUACAGCAGAGUAGGAGUAACUGUGAUUAAUUACUAGUUCUAUUAGUCAUUGGUAUAUGAAUUACAAAUUGAAUAUUCUGCAGUUUCUUGAAAGAAAAUUAUACUCAACAUACGUAUAUUAGACCUUAUCAAUUGUCCUAGGAGUAUUUUUUGGGGUUGGUUGCUUAGGUUCACUAGUUCAAGUAGCCGAUGAAAAUAAAACCUCCAUAGCUAAUUGGUAAUAAUGAGAUAUGCUGUUUGGUUGUUUUGUGCAUUUGGGGAGGGAUGGAUGCAUGACCUGUAAUGACCAUGGAUAGGGAAUCUCUUGGCUUGGAAGUUAUUUUUAUGGUAAUGAUGUUGAUGCUAAUAGACAGAUAGAUUAUUAAAUGGGGUAUUCAGUGAGUCGUACACUGAAAGAUGCAAAGACCAUAUGAAAUUGUUUCUCAUAUUGUACGCUGCAACUCCUCCCCCCCAGGGGCAGAGGCCGGGGCAGGAGCAGCGGCAGCUCAGCUCUAUAUUUAUUACUGACAUCGCUUAUAAAAAUUGA